AUGAAGAAGCUAGAAGCGAGUGAGAGAGAUGCCGGGACUUCAGACGAUGGAAGAGUCCAGGGCAAGCAUCAGACUUCUGAGUCACAGCCUGGAGUAGAACACCAUGACUCCUCCAUUGAGAAGCCGCCAAUUCGCGAUGCGUCACCGCGCUCAAUAUCACCGCCGAGCCUCAACGAACAGAUAGCAGAUGUCCCCUACCACAAGAAAUAUGACGGCAGCGACCCCAGCACGUCAACUACCACCCACACCGGUCUCAAUGGCGAAUCACCCAUCACCCAUCACUAUCUCACCUUCGCAACCCCCCUCCCAUCCACCUCCAGUUCCCCAUCAUCCGUCUCUUCCCCCCCACCCCAAUGCCCAGACCUAAGUCCCUUCACCGACCCCCUCCUCUGGCCCCCCCUCCGCAAACGCUUUGCCGUCUACCUCGGCUCUGCCGCCACCUUCGUCGCCGCCUACAAUGCCGGCUCGUACGCUCCCCCCGCCGCCGGCAUGAUUCGCGAGUUUGCCGCCUCCGAGAUCGCCGUCCUCACUGGCAUAACAUUCUUCUGCGUUGGCUUCGCCAUCACCCCCAUGGUCCUAGCCCCCCUCUCCGAGAUCCAGGGCCGCUACCCCGUUUUCGUCGUCGCUGGGAUCGUGUUCGAAGCUUUCCAAAUUGCGUGCGCGCUGGCGCCCAGUCUCGCGGGGAUGAUUGUUAUGCGUUUUCUUGUCGGCUGCGGCUCAUCUGUCUUCUCGUCCAUGAUCGGUGGCGUUAUCAGCGACCUGUACAGCUCCAAUGAGCGCAACACCCCUAUGGCGUUGUUCGCCGGCGCUGCGAUAUUCGGAACCGGAAUGGGGCCGCUUAUUGCAAGUGCGAUUGCACAGCACCUGCCCUGGCGGUGGGUGUUCUGGGUACAAUCUAUCAUGUGUGGCGUUGUGGUGUUGGCCGUUAUUUUGUUUCUGAACGAGUCGCGAGGGAGCGUGCUGUUGAGUAAGAAGGCGGCGGCGCUGAAUAAGUGGUAUGAGGCGAGAGAGGCAGCCGGUUAUGUGGGGUUUGAUAUGCCUGAUGAGAGUGGUAAUCGCGAGGUCCCCCAGCGUAUCAGAUGGCGUGUUAAGGCGGAUGAAGAGCGCGAAUCGCUCAUGAAGAUGAUCAAGAUCUCCGUUUGGCGACCCAUUCGUAUGUCAUCCUGA